UCCUUUCCGUCCAUACUUCUCUGUCUUGCGCACGCGUAUUCCAGGUAAGAAAUGAGCGCUCUGCUUGCUUCUUUAAUUUCUCCGCAUCGCCCUCGCGCGGAUCUCCGUCCAUCAUUGGCCAAAUCGGUCCGUAUCAUGGAUCUGACAUGGGAUUGUUCCAUCACGUCACCUUUGACUCAUCGCCAAUGGCUUAAUGCUGCUCAAAUUACCGGAUCAUUACUGACAAGUUCCGAUCCAGAUAGAGACAUCAUCACUCCAUUUCCCUUCAACCCCCUUUCAUCACACAACACACUUCCGUAACCAUGUCCGAGGAGCAUAAGCCUGUCGCCCAGCCCAACGCUGAGGCCGAGAAGGAUGUUCAGAGCGUCCUCGCCGAGCUGAAGGGCGAGAACGAAGUUCCCGCCAACGGCGCUGAGAAGAAGGAGACUGAGGAUGCUGAGGAAGCUCGCAUUGUCGAAGCUGCCGCCAAGCUGGGUGAGAAGUCUGAGAAGGCCGAAGAACAGAAGGAGGUCAAGACACAAGAACGGGGAUUCCGCCACGAUAACCGGGGUCGCGAGGGUCGUUUCAACCGCCGCAACAAUGUCAAGUUCGACCCUUCCACGCAGGAGGUGACGGAUGACCCGGUCCAGAUCCGCAAGCAGGUUGAAUUCUACUUUUCCGACUCUAACCUGCCCAUGGACAAGUUCCUCUUCUCCAAGGUCGGCGGUAGCGCCAACCGCGCCGUUCCUCUCGAGCUUCUUCACUCCUUCAAGCGCAUGCGCCGCUUCCAGCCUUUCACUGCCGUUGUCGAGGCUCUCAAGUCGUCUGAGUUUCUCGAGCUCACUGACAACGAUACCUGCGUGCGCCGCAAGACGCCCCUUCCGGAGAGCGUGUCGCAGACUCACGAUCACAGCGUGGCUAAGGUGUUUGAGGACCAGGCCAUGACCCGUAGCAUCUACGCCAAGGGUUUCGGUGACGAGGAGCCCACCACUCAGCUCGAUAUCGAGGCAUUCUUCGCCCCUUACGGACCGGUCAACGCGAUCCGCCUGCGUCGCACCUACGAUAAGACCUUCAAGGGCAGCGUGUUUGUUGAGUUCGAGUCUGAGGAGAAGCAGAAGGCUUUCUUGGCCUUGGACCCCAAGCCCCAGUGGAAGGGACAGGACCUGCUUAUCAAGAGCAAGAAGGAAUACUGCGACGAGAAGGUGCGCGAUAUUGAGGCUGGCCGCGUGAAGCCCAGCGGCUCCCGCGGACGCGGCUUUAACGGUCGCGGCCGUGGCCGUGGCCGUGGCGGAAACCGUGGCCACGACAACCGCGACUGGAGGGAGCGUCGCGCGGCGGACCAGAAAAACGGAUUCAGCGACAAGAAGAGCGAGCCCAAGGAGGAGCGUCGUGAGGUCCAGAAGGAUGCUCGCGGCGUCCCCAUCGUGCAGAGCACCGCCGAAUCCGGCCAGAAGCGCGCCCGUGACGACGAAGCCGGCGCGAACGGCGACCACCCGGCCAAGAAGGUGGAUGCCAAGGAGUAAAUGAUCUCACGUCACACAAAAGUUUGGAAUCUCAAGCUAUCUAUCAAUUUGCUUGAUUGUUCUUUAUUCGAAAGGGAAAUUUAUGGGAAAAAGCAUGGCUUGGCUCGAUUACCCCGACUUGAAGAAGACCAUACCAUAAUGGCGUUGUAUAUUUGUUGCUUAUUAUUAACAUUUCCUUUUUGCUUCAAUGAACCAUACAAUCUAGAUCGAAUCGGAUUCGAUGAUAUUGGCUUUUA